CAGAUUCGGUUUCCAGUCGGGACCCGCCUUCAACAAAGACCUGCGCGCGGCCGAGUCCCCGCGCUGCCCACGCCGGGCGGGAAGCGCGCGCACGCGCACACGCCUCCCGCCGGCCGCCACAGCAGGGGUGCCGGGGGCUGCGGAGCGAGCGCGAGGCACCACCGCCCAGACGGCCCGCCGAGCCCAGCCGCCAUGAGUGAAAUUCCUAAGGACUCCUUGAAAGCCAUUCUGUUAGAGUUGGACUGUCACUUUACAUGGAAUUUACUUAAGGAAGAUAUUGAUCUGUUUGAUGUAGAAGAUACAAUUGGGCAACAACUUGAAUUUCUUACCACAAAAUCCAGACUUGUUCUUUAUAAUUUAUUGGCCUAUGUGAAACAUCUGAAAGGUCAAAAUAAAGAUGCCCUAGAGUGUUUGGAACAAGCAGAAGAAAUAAUUCGGAGAGAACACUCAGAUGAAAAAGAAGUACGAAGUCUGGUCACUUGGGGAAACUAUGCCUGGGUGUCUUACCACAUGGACCAGCAUGAAGAAGUUCAGAAGUAUAUAGACAAGGUAGGGAAUGUCUGCAGGAAAUUGUCCAGUCCUUCUGACUACAAGUUGGAUUGCCCUGAAAUUGACUGUGAAAAAGGGUGGGCACUCUUGAAAUUUGGAGGAAAGUAUUAUCAAAAAGCUAAAGCAGCUUUUGAGAAGGCUCUGAAAGUAGAACCUGACAACCCUGAAUUUAACAUUGGCUAUGCCAUCACUGUGUAUCGGCUGGAUGAUUCUGAUAGGGAAGGGUCUGUAAAGAGCUUUUCUCUGGGACCUCUGAGGAAGGCAGUUACCCUGAACCCAGACAACAGCUACAUUAAGGUUUUUCUGGCACUGAAGCUUCAAGAUGUUCAUGCAGAAGCUGAAGGGGAAAAGUAUAUCGAAGAAAUCCUAGACCAGGUAUCAUCUCAGCCUUAUGUCCUUCGUUAUGCAGCUAAAUUCUAUAGGAGAAAAAAUUCCUGGGACAAAGCUCUUGAACUUUUAAAAAAGGCCUUGGAGGUAACACCAACCUCUUCCUUCCUUCAUCAUCAGAUGGGACUUUGCUACAGGGCACAAAUGAUCCAAAUCAAGAAGGCCACACGCAACAGACCUAAAGGAAAGGAUAAACUGAAGGUUGAUGAGUUGAUUGCAUCUGCAAUAUUUCAUUUCAAAGCAGCUGUGGAACGAGACUCCAUGUUUGCAUUUGCCUACACAGACCUUGCCAAUAUGUAUGCUGAGGGAGGCCAGUAUGGUAAUGCUGAGGACAUUUUCCAGAAAGCCCUUCACCUGGAGAACAUAACCGAUGAUCACAAACACCAGAUCCACUAUCACUAUGGCCGCUUUCAGGAAUUCCACUGUAAAUCAGAAAAUACUGCCAUCCACCAUUAUUUAGAAGCCUUAAAGGUCAAAGACAGGUCAUCCUUGCGUACCAAAUUGACAAGUGCUCUGAGGAAAUUGGCUACCAAGAGACUUUGUCACAAUGCUUUAGAUGUGCAGAGUUUAAGUGCCCUGGGAUUUGUUUAUAAGCUGGAGGGAGAAAAGAGGCAAGCUGCUGAGUACUAUAAGAGGGCCCAGAAAAUAGAUCCUGAAAAUGCAGAAUUUCUUACUGCUCUCUGUGAGCUCCAACUUUCCAUUUAAAUACAUACUUUAGGAAGUGUGGUCUAAGUUUCCCCUCCAUUUUUGUUUCUUGUAUUCUGUUUAUUUUAAUCCAUAUUCAUUAUAGAGCCAAUAUUGCUUGAGUUGACUGUGUACCAGACAUUGUGCUAAAUACUUUCUGUUCAUUAUGAUGAAUCUUGCUGUUUUCUUUCUUUUUUUUAAAUUAAAAUUCUAUAAUCCAUUAAGAAACAACAACAGUCCAGCUGUUGUAAUUUUUUACAAUGAUAUGGCCAUUGUGAGUUGACACCCUUAAUCUCUGCUAUUUAUAAUUUCUGAUUAAAUUUUAUGAAAUUUCCCAUAUUGCUUAUGAAGUGAGUGUAAUCCUACAUAAACUUGAUAGCUAAGUAAGGAAUACUCUUUUUCAGGAGUGCAAAAUUGUAUUAAGCAAGCUCUUAACUAUGUAGCUUGCAAAAAACAACCUUCCACUUGCAGUUACUUUGAGUCUAAUAAGGAUAUUUGUCAACUUGAAAAUCACCUGAAGAAUUCUUUUUGUUGGAAAAAGUAAUAGUAAAAAGUUUGUCAAUCUCUGGUGACUUCAAUAAAAGGGGGAAACUAGAACAGGAGAGAAAAGAUAUUCUCAAUGUAAAUACUACAGAACUUAGAGGAUUCAUAAGAAAUCAAAAGUAUCUUCCUGAAUGUUCAUUACAGACCUAGAAAUUAUAAGAAAAAAUGAAUAAUGCAAUAUCAUUAAGCUCAUUUCUAUGGGUUUUUAAACUGGGAAAAUAAACCUACACCGAAUCGAGAUAGAGUUAAUUUUAUUCUUUCCAAUUAAAAUUGCAGUAUUUUUAGGUUAAAAUCAUUGAGAUAGGAACCAGACCAGCUUCUUAAAAUUGAGAGAACUGAUAAACAAAUGGAUAAAGUAGAUAUCCCUAACCUAUAUUCCCAGACUACCAAAAUUAUUAGUUGGAUCUGGAUUGGGUGCAGUUCUACCUCCACUCUGGCCUUUGUUUUAACUAUUUUAGUAUUCCAAAGUGACUUCUGUGAAACUUGCUUUUGUUCAAAAUUUUCAUAUUAUCAGUUUAUCUCACAAUUUUCCUGUAGAUUCUCAAGAAUAGUUAAGCUUUGUUUUCUGUUUUAAUAUUCACCUCAAGGGUUCAUUUCCUAAAGGCUUUUAUCCAAGAAGGUUAAAACUUUUUUAAGUUGGGGUGUUACAUUGUGGUUUCUCUAAUGUUGUAUCUUUGGUGAUAGACCAAUUGUAUAACUAUUGCUGCAUAACUGGAAAAAUACGCCACAUGAUUUAAUUCUCCAUUUUCCCAGUGUAGUUUUUAAAAUUCUUGUGUGUUUGACUUUAUUUUUAAAUUUCUGUUAUUUGUUUUCUAUAAAAGUAAUGAAUUCUCAUUGUAAAGUUUCAAAUAAUUCAGAAGUAUAUUAAUUUAAAAGUAAGAACAUUUCCCUUGCCCAACCCCAAUUCUACACACUGAACAGAAACAAUUUGAUAUGACUGUUUUCAGAUGUUUUAUAUGCAUGUUCAGAUACACAUUUAUACUGCAGUGUAUCUCAUGAAUUGUUUGUUAAAUAUUUUAAGUUGUUUCCUUUUUGUUUAUUUUGUUUGUUUCAUUUGUUUAAGAAGGAAGAACAAGGGAGGAAAUUAUGUUUACUCAAGGAUUUCAAGUCUGAUCUCCUAGUAGAAGCAUUUGUCCCUUUCAGAUGUUUCAGGAUAUUUAUCAAAGCAGAACAUUUCUCCCAUUGGGAAUAAUGGAGUUAAGGUAAUAUUCCCACAGAGGUACUUCACACAAUAAAAUACAGUUAUAAUAUCCAAAUAAAGAUACAACUCUAAACCUCUAUAUUUAAAAUAGUAGUAGACAUUAACAUAUAUUGAAUGAUUUUAAAUUCACUAACCAUUAAAACUUUGAAAUAUAUGAGAAGUUAUACUAAGAAUGUAGAAUCAUUAUAUGAA